CUCAGCACUACAGCAGCUUUGUGCAGACAUUGACUGUGCUUCUGGGGGACUUCCUAAAAUAAAAAAUCAAAGCCGCCCCUAGUGCAUGCCCAGCAGUGACCCAGAGGACUUCUCCGUGUGACGGCUGGGCACGGCGCCCCCGAGGCGCGUGUGUGCGCGGGUAGACGAGACGAGAGGCAAGGAGUUCCUGUGCAGUGGCCCCAGCCCGGGGAGCGGGCUGCGCUGAUUUGUGGCUGUUUGUUCACAUGUGUCCACGGGGAGAUGAAGCACAUUGGAUUCGGCAGAAUUUGGCUUUGGAUGGCAAUCUUCUUCCUCCUUCCUUUUUCCGCUUCUGUGGCAGUCACUGACAAAACAGUUGCAACGUGUCCUAUGAUGAGUGCAAAUAGACAUCAGUUUACACAAAUCCACAGAGAAGCUCUUGAUGUUUUCGGUUUUGAUCUAGCAGAAAGCUUUUCUCUAAAACAGGCAUCAUGUGGAGGUGAAAACACCUGUUUUAAACUGGGAAGUACACCUCUUAUCAGAGACACUAAGCAAAUGUUUCCAUAUGGGCUUCCUGAAGAAUACUCCUUAAGAGCCACAUUCCGUGUAAGACGAAACACAAAAAAAGAGCAGUGGUAUAUAUGGCAAAUUUUAAAUCAGCACAACACCCCAGAGGUUUCUGUCCUAGUUGAUGGUACAAAGAAAGUUGUGGAGUAUAUGACCAAAUCUGCUCAGGGAAAUAUACUUCAUUACAUUUUUAAGAGUCGUGAAAUCCAUCCUCUGUUUGAUCGACAGUGGCAUAAGCUUAGCAUCAGCGUACAGUCAAGGUUUAUUUCCCUCUAUCUGGAUUGUAACUUAAUUGCGAGAAGACAGACUGAUGAGAAGAAAACUGUUGACUUACAAGGAAAGACUCUUAUCGCUGCUCGCGCUGCAGAUGAAAAGCCUGUAGAUAUUGAACUUCGCCACUUAUCAAUUUAUUGUAAUCCAAAAUUUGCAGCUCAAGAUACCUGUUGUGACAUAUCUGAAAGCUUGUGCCCGAUGGAGGACAGGCUAAUUACUACCGCUUCAUCACCACUGACUGUUCAUGCCAGCAAAAUACACAUGCUUCCAAUAACACAACAAGAACCUAGAGACAGAUGCUUCUGCUUUCCAAACAAAGGAGAAGCAGGAUUGCCAGGUGUAGCUGGUUUGCCAGGUCAGAAAGGAGAAAAAGGAGAAAAGGGUGACUUGGGUGUCAGAGGAGAAAAUGGAGCUUCUGGACCUCCUGGGGAAAAGGGGGAAGCUGGCCUGAUAGGUGCUCCUGGCCUACCUGGUUUUACUGGUUCCAAGGGGGAACGUGGUCUUGAUGGUAAUAAAGGAGAGCCAGGUGAAAAGGGUGAAAAGGGGGAUAAAGGAGAACCAGGACAAGAAGGCAUUCAUGGAAGAGAUGGUUUAAAAGGUGAUCCUGGUAAUCCUGGUAUGGCUGGCCCUAAAGGAGAAAAGGGAGAUUCAGGGCUACCAGGACAGGCUGCCGUAAAUGAGGCUGAUGAAGUAAACCUGUUCACCACUGCCAGUUCCUGUGCUCAGGCUAAUGCAAAUAGCAUGAUGGAAAAUAAGAUAAAGGGUUUGCCAGGGCCUGAAGGUCCCCAAGGUCCACCUGGGAAAGAGGGUCAGAGGGGAAGGCGAGGCAAACCAGGACUUGCUGGUAAACCAGGUCCACCAGGACCCCCUGGUCCUCCGGGGUUACCUGGAAUUCCAGAUUCCUUGAACAGCUAUUAUGAGGGUGACUCACAACAACUAGCAUUACCUGGGUCUGUUGGACUUAAAGGACAAAAGGGAGAAAUUGGCCAGAAAGGAGAAAUAGGCUUAACUGGUGCAAAAGGAGAAAAGGAGGAGCUCUUGGAAAAAGGAGAAAAGGGAGAUCCAGGUGAAAUAGGAGAUCCUGGUCCACCUGGCCUCACUGGAAGUCCUGGCCCAGAGGGACCCCAGGGACCUCCAGGACCUAUUGGACCCCGAGGACUUCCAGGAGACAUUGGUUUACCAGGAGAGCAUGGGUUACCAGGAAAACCAGGAAUUAAAGGAGAAAAGGGAGAUUCUGGUGGCAUUAUAGGACCCCCUGGACAUCCAGGUCCAAAAGGCGACACAGGACCCCCUGGGCUGAGCCUGCAUGGGAAUCCAGGUCCUGCUGGCACUCCUGGAAACCCAGGUCCACGGGGGCCUAAGGCUUUAUGGUCUUAUCAGGGUGAAAGAGGACUACCUGGUGUGCAAGGAACCCCUGGAGAGGUGGGACCACCUGGAGUAGGAACUGAAGGACCCCCAGGUCCUAAGGGUCCAGCGGGAGCAGCAGGUUUCCAGGGCGCUAGAGGACCACCUGGACUACCAGGAACUCCAGGUACUGAUGGUACUCCAGGACAGGAUGGGAAGCCAGGACUGCCAGGCCCUCCAGGUGAUCCAAUUGCACUUCCACUUGUGGGAGACAUGGGUGCUUUAUUGAAGGGUGAUCCUGGACCACGAGGUCCUCCAGGUAUGCCUGGCAGAGAAGGGCCAAAGGGAAACAAAGGUGAGCGUGGAUUUCCUGGAAUUUCUGGAGAGAAAGGUGAAGAGGGCCUUCAAGGUGUUCCAGGAACCCCUGGUGUCCCAGGACCCACUGGACCUUCAGGAACAGUAGGAAGACCUGGACAUCCUGGCCCUGCAGGACCAAAAGGUGAAAAGGGCAAUGAAGGGUCUCCUGGAAAGCCUGGACCACCAGGGCCUCCGGGCAUUCCUCACAAUGAAAGAAAUGGAAUGGGCGGUUUAUAUAAGCUACAGGGAGGCAUGAGUGCUGCUAGUUAUCCUGGCCCACCUGGCCCUCCUGGUCCAAAAGGUGAUCCUGGCACGAUGGGAGAUCCCGGUCCAAUGGGGCUACCAGGUCUAGAAGGACUCCCAGGGGAAAAGGGUGACCGGGGACCAGCUGGUGCACCAGGAGUAUCAGGGAUUCAAGGAAAGCCUGGAUCCCCAGGGCCUCCAGGGAUACCAGGGGAACCAGGUGAAAGAGGCCCUGUGGGAGACAUCGGAUUUCCUGGGCCAGAAGGGCCUCCUGGAAAACCAGGAAUCAAUGGAAAGGAUGGAUUUCCAGGUUCUCCGGGUCCACUUGGAAGACCUGGGGACAGAGGUGCCAAAGGAGAAAGAGGAGAUCAAGGUAUUCCAGGGGACCGAGGUCCACAAGGUGAAAGAGGAAAACCUGGACCUACAGGAGAAAAGGGGAUUGCAGGACCUACCGGACCACCAGGAGACAGAGGCUACCCAGGAUCACCAGGUCAUCAAGGCCCUCCUGGUUCACCAGGUCUUCCAGGCCUUCCGGCUAAUGCAGUUUCAUUUGAAGAAAUAAAAAAAUAUAUCAAACAAGAGGUUCUUAGAGUUUUUGAAGAGAGGAUGGCUCAGCUGCUAUCUCAGCUCAAACUGCCAGCUGCAAUGCUAGCUUCCCAAGGUCAUGGAAAGCCAGGUCCACCAGGAAAGGAUGGGCUACCAGGACCACCAGGAGAGCCUGGGCCUCAAGGCUACCGGGGACAAAAGGGAGAAAGAGGUGAGCCUGGAAUUGGACUCCCGGGUAAUCCUGGUCCCCCUGGUCCUUCAGCCAUCAAUCUGUCAGGCCCACCCGGACUUCCUGGAGUUCCAGGUCCACAGGGGCCUCCGGGGCCAAUCGGAAGGUGCAACCCAGCAGAUUGUUACUACCACGUAUCUCAGGCUCGACCACGUGCAAGUAGGAAAUAAACACCUCAUUCAGAGACGUUUAGGUUCAUGUUUCUACCUUAUUUCUCUUUAUGAAUCAUUUUAACCUUCAUGAUCCUUGUAUUUCUGUCAAUUUAUUCUGUAUAGUUUAUAGACAUUUUAUAGAGCACUUACAUCAAGCCUUUUACUAUAUUAAUUUCAAUAUCAGAGUUAUGAUAAGAAAUGAUGAGAUUUAUUUUCCUGAGUUCAUUCCAUGUGUUCUGUUUUUAAUUUUUUUUUGGUUUAGGGAAGACAGUAGGUCUAGAUAAUUCUUUUGAGCUUUUCUCUUCCACAGAAAGUUAUUUUCUUAGAGUUUGCUGAUCUUAAAACAGCAGGAAUUUUACGAUCUUGUUAACUGAUUUUAUUCACCUUGUUAUUUAUGAUGAUGAAGUGGAGUAAAACUACAGUUUUCCUAAAGUUUUUUAAUUCACAUUAAUCCUGAAGUUUAGGCUCUUAGAUGGACUUCUGGAGAACUCUGUUCACAUGAAAUGUUACCCGUUCUUUUGGAAAGUAACAGUACAGGUUCCCAUAUCCUGCUGAACUAUGCUUAUACUUAAAACAAGGAUACUCAAGGUCACUUGAAGCAUAUCCUUGACAGCAAAGUGUGGAGAUAAUGAUUUUCUUAUGAUCUCCUCUCUGUCAUGCAGCAUUUUGCUGGUUUUAGACUGUCUGGAUAUUCACCAUGUGUGGCUACUAAAAGUCUUUUGUAUGAUUAAAUGAAUGUUAAUCCAGCUCAGGACUGGCACAUUCAGUUACCCCUAAGGCCAGAUCCAGACAUGCAGGCACAUGAGGUUUGUGGCACUGCAAACCUCUUUGUGGCACCACAAGCCAGACACUGGGCAUGUUAAAAUGUGCCCAUGCUGCAGAUUUGUAGUACAGGGGCAGAAUUUGCUACUGGGAAAUCCCGGUAGGAAAAAAAAUGCCACGAAGAAAAGCAGCGCAGCACCACACCACAGGAGCAUGCACCAGCCGACACAAAGGUUUGGUCCUCCAGGAAGACGCUGUGGCUGCUGGCCAGAGCAUCUCCCCUCCUUUAGUUCUGCCUUGACUUCUCCAGCAUGCUGGGAACCAGGAGAGCUGGGGAAAGGGCAGUUUGCCUGAAGUGGGGCAUUUUGCCCCGCACCAAAGCGCACAUGCGGGGGGAGGGGAGGGGCGCAGUGGCAAAAAGUAGCGGUACAGAUUUGUGCCCCUGCUAUUUUUGUCACUGCAAGCACAUGGCCCUGUAUGUGGGGACACGCCCUAGGUGUAUAAAGCUGAGAUGGCCAGUCUUCUGACUCUUGUGUUGUUAUUCCUAGCUGGAAACUGUAUUCAACCACAGCUAUAAUCAUGUACUGGUGGUCUUCUGGUUCUCAACACUAACACUAAUCCAAAAGACAGGCAUUGUGCCUACUGGUGAAGGAAAGGCCUUUCACUCUAGAAUCUAGUUCCAUUUUAGACAACAAUGGAGUCAGUGAGGCAAGCUUUAUAAUCAGGUUCAGACACAUUCAUAGAUCUUAUUUCCUUUAUGACAUUUUCACAUUUUAACAGUAUAUGCCAGAAAAGGUUAUAUGAACAGGGGAAUAUUAGAAUGCAAAAUUCACAGGCACUGGUGACUACCAGAAGGAUUAACUGGAUGGAAAGAGAGGCUUAGAAACCUCAGUUUGGAAAGGCAAAGGACAUGGGACAUAAUUAUCCAGAAUGCAAAUCCUAUGUGAAUCUCACCAUGGUAGACAUUUUCACUAAAUGACAACCUGGAAUAAGGUGCUGCAACUCCAGCAGUUUUAGGAAGCAGACAAUUUAGCAAAGGUUCAUCAGUGAAUAGAAAUUUAGACAUGUAGGAUUAAUGAAGAAAAGAAAUUUAUUAUGUGAGUUGUUUGUUUCUUGUUGAUUGGGUUUUUUGGCCUAAGGUACACUUUUGUUUAUGUGAAACAGAUGAUCAUCUGAACCCCAGCCUCAGUCAUUCCAAGGACAAGGUCAUUACAAGGUUAUAAGAAGUUGAAGCUAUCAUGUUUUGGCAACAGAAAUUGCUGUUAGCAAGGCACAGAUAGCUCUGAUGUAGAGCCCUAAAAUGAUGGAAAAUACCAUCAGAGUGAUCUUUCCCAUCAGCAUGAUUAUCUAUGAUCUUAGUCAUGUAAAGCAGUGGUUUUCAGCCUUUUUUUCAUUUGCAGACCCGUAAAAAAUUUCAUAUGGGGGUGCGGGCCCCUUUCGAAAUUUUGAGGAGGUGUGGACUCCUUUGAAUUGGUAUUCACAUACUUUUGAUUGAUCAUAGUCAUCUUUCGUGGAUCCCUUAGACACAGUCUGUGGACCUGCAGGGGUACACAGACCAGAGGUUGAAAACUACUGAUGUAAAAUACAAAUUGAGCUGUUAGAUUAAAUGUCUUGAUCUACAACUAUCAGGGGACUCUUGUCAGAACUUGGGAGUUUCCAACUCUGGAAGAGCCAUCAAGAAAAAUAUUUAUUUUUACUUUUGAAUAAAAUAUGGGCAUUAAGGACGCUGAAUGGUGGAAGCCUUCAGGGAAUCUACAAUAAACCUGGAUUAGUUUGGAAUAGAAUUCCUAGUAAGAAUAUCUUGAUUUGAGGCAGAUUCUGAAAUGGGGUAUUUAUUUGUUAAAAUGCACCAAGACCUUAUGGGCCAGAUUCUCUACUGUCAUGAGUCCACUGAAGCCAGUGAAGAACCCCCAGAGGAAAUUAUCCUGUUUGCUUUCUGUUUAGUUAACAAACUGCUGGCCAGGCAUGAGUAUUUUUUUAAAGCUGACUUAUUUUUACUUCUCUUGUGAUUCCAAAUCUUAUUUAAAAUAUUUUAAAUAUUUUUGAUAAAAUUAGUCUUGAACUUCAUUUCCUGUAAUGAUACCAAAAAGGGCAUGGUCUUUUAAGAAAAUGACAGGAUUAGAAUAUUCAUGUGAUUGUUUCCUUUCUAGAAAUGCCCUAGAUAUAUGUCUUACUUGGUGUUAUGUGUAUAUUUUGGGCUUUUAGCUAACUGAACUGCACCUCUGAAAUCUUAUAACUUAAUGUAGCAUGAGUUUCUAACUUAAUUUACUUGAAUUUGUUGGAAAUCAGAGUGGUUUAUAUAUUUUAAGAAAAUUAUUUUUUCAUACACAUUUCCUACAAAUGCCUUUUUCCUCUUUUUGCCUAGAGGUCUAAAUUUUUUUAUUUGAACAUUUAGAAGCUAUCUACACAUGACUUUGUUGGUAAUGAUUAAUUUAUGUCAUGUCUUUAAUGAAUGAUUUUUCAUUUUGUUAUAAACCCAACUUAAUUUUCUCAUGCGAGAAAGCGAGUAUUUUAGUUAUAUUAGGUAUCUUCAUAGCAUUUUGAAGAUGCUGAGCCAUAUUCUGCAUUCGGAUUGAAUGGAGUCAUUCUGGAUUCAUUCUUAUUUUAUAUUGAGUUACUCCAGAUUUGCAUUGUUAAAACUUAGAGCAGAAUAUGGCCUGCAACUUGCUUCUGAUUUUUCAGGUUUUAUUUUUAGAAUCUGUUUGCAGUUUUGAAUAUUUUAUUUUCUACACCAAUUCAUGUAUAUGUUUGGCUCAUAAGAUGUACUAUAGUAAACUGUUAUAAAAAUUAAAUACAAGAGAUUAUCUUUGCACUGCCACAAGGUAUUUUUUUUCUGAGUUGGGACAAAAUGUAGAGGUUAAAUAUAUUAAUGAAAUAUAAUGUAAGAAAAAAGGCCCUUUAAACUGUUCUAGCUAAGUUUCAGAAUAUUUAGCCUGUACCAGCAUGAGUUUCUUCUAUUUCUUGUCACCGUUUAUUAACAUGUAUUUUAAAUUCUACACUGACACCAUUACUAAGAUACCUUUGGAAUUUUCUUAAGCUGCAUAUAGAACUUAGUUUUGGGGAAAGUAAUAAAGCUGCUGUGGCUGAUUUUAUGCCGAAGCCUUUCAGAGCUGUUCAGAGCCUGUGAUAUACCUCCUUUUGUCCACACGAUGGUGUUCAGAACACGUUAGUGUGAAUGAUAAUAUAGAGACAGAAUUUUAACCAUUCAGGGCAGGAACAGUGCAGUAUUGACCUAUUCAGUCUCGUGCCACAUUUUCCACUUUUGGCUUUGAGUCUAAACAAUUUACAGUUUAUUUUUAGAGAGCACUGUUUGAGAAAAUACUGUUUUUCAUGUAUAUUUUCAGGUUAUAUGACUUAACGACUUAAUUUAUAUUUGUGUGUGUGUGUGUGUGUGUGUGUGUGUGUGUGUAUUUUGUAUAUGCAACAAAUGCAGGGGAAUCUAUAGUAAAACAUGUCACUUUCAGACAUCAGUUUUAUCCAGUUUGUAUCUUUAAUGGAGCAGUAAUUCUGUUGAAGUAACGACUAAACAUUAGAGUAGUAUGCUUUGUAAAAUCAGGUAGCAGUUCAUUUUACUUAUGUUAUUUUACAUUAACAUUUUAAUGCUUUGAUAAUUUUGUAUAAAUAACCUGUACUUGGUUUCAGCAGUAAAAUAAGCAUUAUGUUUUCAUAGCAUACUGUUAGGGGUGAUUUCUCUUUUUAUAAAUGUUCUCGGUAUAUUUGAUGAUCAUAUGUAUGACUGACAAAUGCAAGAUAAAUAUAUUUACCUGAUAGGUAAGACUACAUGAUAAGUAGCUUUUUAUCUCAUUGAUAAGCAUUUCUUAAAAUCCCUUAGCACUUCUGACCGUCACAAUGGUGAGAGAUUACUUUUCAGAUCAGCCUGUGUUGAUCAUCUGAUUUUUUUCCCUUUUUAUUAUCAUUGUAAAUGUUGUCUGCCAUAUAAAAGUUGUAUGAAAAAAUAUGAAGUGAGUGCUUUAUAUAUGCAUACACCUAUUUUUUUCCAAACAUAUGCAAGCCAGCAAAGUUUCUUGCAUUGUCCAAUUUAAUAAAAAUGAUUGCUAUGAUAUAAUACUGUUGUUAUUCAAACUUUACAAGUGUCUCAGGAAGCAAGACAAAAGUUGACAAUUACGUUUUUACCAGAUAUUGUUAUAUACUGAGUGUGCCAAGUAGUGUAAAUUAACCUUUGCAGUGUGACAUACGAGCUGUUAUUUUUAAAUCUGCCUCCAUCUGCAGUAUUUGGCAUGACUCAUGAAGACCUACCACUUGUCAAAAAAGUUUUUACAUGGAAAAUUCAAGUUUCAAAAUAAUUUAAGAAAGCGUGUAUAAAUUUGGUUUGCUAAAAAUAUCUUCAUAUUACUAGACCAAAAUAAGCUUAUGAGUAUACCGAAUGUAAUCUAUAAAUGUUUUUCUUGAUAUUUUGAGUCUGAAAGUCUGUUGUUUUAUGAAAGUGAAUGCAUUGAAGUAUUUACUGAAUUUGUCAGUGUGAAUAUAUUUCAUCUUCAAUUCACAUAUUUGAAGGGUUUUUGAUGGCCCACACUAUUUUAUUGUUAAAUCUUAUUUUCAAAUAGCAUUUAGCUGUCAUUGAAUUCAUCACAGCACAGUCACACUGAUAAAUGCUAUACCUCUUUUCUUGUUAAUUUUUUCAUUUGUAAUAUUUUCGUUCAUUUCAGUGCACAUGUUAUGUGGAUUAGAAAAUCUGAUUUGCCACUACCUUUCAAUGCUAUUUACAUCAUUUUAAUGCAAUCAAACGGGAAGGGGAAUGUUUUGCACCCCCUUUGUCCACAUGAAAGUGAAUACAUCAGGUUAGCAGCCACAGAUAAAUGGAAAGCAUUUUGCUAUUCCUAGCGGCCAGCAUUUUCAAUGCUGAGGUCAAAGGUGAGCAGAAAGGUAGCUAGUUUACAUCACUGGAGCCAGGAUGUCAGCAGCCAGUAUUUCAGUGUCUCAGUAUUGCAUACUGAUUUUCCGAGGUUCUAUUCACUUUAGUUGAAGCUGCAGAAAAGUAUUUGGUCCAUCUGAGAAUCAAGGUAUUGUUUUGGUAGCCUAAAAACGGAUUCAUGUCAGUGCCUAACUUUAGGUAUUUACAUUUGAAUCUGUUGUAUAAUUUUUCCAAAUUAGAAAAACAGACUGUACAGCUUGGCAGUGUUUGAAAGGGCACGGGAUAGUAAAUCUGACCCUUAUUGAUUUCUUUUUCAUUUUUUUCUCAAAAUAAUGUUAACAACUGACUCCAGCGAGCUCAUGCUAUAUAUUAUCUAAGGCACUCACAAAAGAGCACAUGUAGUGAAAAGGAUGCCUUCAUCCUAUAAGGAGAAAGAAAAUUGAAGAUUUGAAAAAUACUGACCAACUCAAUGAAAAGAAAAAGGGCCUUCCUGUUGGUAAGAGUUGAGCUAAACUAACACAGUCAAUAGAUUCAAUCAGCUAUUAGAUAAAAGCACCAAAAAGCCCCACUGAAGCACAAGCUGUACAGAUGUGGGCAAGCCAGGUCAAACUGAUGCAAUUUCUCUUCUGGGCAUGCACUGUGCUUGGUGCAGGGGUGCAUCAAGUUGAAAGUAAAGCCCCCCCCCCCCCCCCCCCCCCCCCCCGCAUGUCUGUAAGCACCCAACAUCUUUCUCCUCACUGCUGAUUUUAACAGAGAUAAAAGGUAGAAUCCUGUUUCACCUAGUGCACUACCAAAUACAGCUUCAACCUCAAAUAAGUUGAGGUUACCCAACUAUUAUGUAGGAGCAUGACAAACCCCAUCCUCCACAUAGGAAUAGCAUCACACUCCUGAGACAUACAACCAUCUCCCUAUUCCUUACAUGUGCAAAGGGGUGCUAGAAUAAAUUCUAUACAAUAGUUAGGUAAUUUGGAGUUAGUCUCAAGCUGCAUGGUGGUUAUCCACUAGGUGAAACAGAGUUCUGCCCAAAGUCCUGCUCAUUUUAAGCAAUAACUAAGAAGGUAAGUAACACAUGGAUAAUUAACAGCAUCAACAUCAAUGCAUCCAUCACCUCCACGAUCUAUCUAGUCAUUAGGUCAAGCAAACAUGUUUCACCCAAUUACUCCAGCAAUUGAAAGCAUAUUUUUACAAGCACAAUAUGUACUAGUAUCAUGGAGUGUAACUGCUAGUUGCUAUUAAAGGAGAUCUAUCAUGUUGUCUCUGAAGCAGAGUCUCUUCCUUGCUGUCUUUUUUUCCCUAGGAAAGUAACUUCGCUUCAUCUAUUGUUUCUUGCCUCUCUUUUUAGGAGGGAGGGGCAGGCUGGUGAAAGACAGCCAAAUUCUGUCCUGUUGCCCUCUGCCAUUUUAGGUGCAUGAGCUACUUGUAAAAUAUAAAAGCUGCACUGGAAACAACCAACUGAUGGACCCAUGCAUAAACCACUACCAAAGUAAGAUACUACUAAAUGGCAGUAAUGGGGUGCCUGUUCAAAAUGAGUAUCUUUUAGAAAGUGUCAUUACCCUGCUGUAGUCCCUGGGCUAAUAGCCUAAUGAGCAUCACGUCAGGCUAGAAAUGUUAAUUUAAUCAGAUUUUAUCCUGAAUUUGAUUAGUCAUAAGAAAGCAUUAAGUUUGUCUGUCAAAUGAAGAAAGAAUUUACCACCAUUUCAGACCUAUUUCUUAUGUAGUUAAAUCAAACAAAUUAAUAGGGUGCAAUUAAUGAAGCAGUCAUGCUUCAGGUUAGUGAGGGAUUUCUACACGUCUUACCUCACAUGAGUCUAUCAGAUUUAGAAUGCAAGUCAGAGAUGGGUAAGGUUGCUGCUUUUUGAAAUUAGUUCUUGUUAAGAUUCUGUGAACUCCCUUUUGUUCGGUUCUGUUCUUUGUUUUUCCUCUUUCUUCUUUGGUUUCAUAAUGUUUUCAUUUUAUUGUCUGUUUGUGAUCACAUUUGGGUUGGGUUUUUUUUAAUAUGUGAACUGCGUUUCUUUUAAAUUAAUAAUAAAUCCCUUUAACCUGACAAAUCUUUGACAGAAUAAUGCAUUAUUGCUAAAACCAAGUGCACACCAGCCUCCUUACAAUUUUAAGUCAGAAUAUUUGUCUAUUCCUGAAUAAGGAGAAGUACAUUUUGCAUACAUAUAUGCAUAGCUUACAUACAACUGUGAACAAAGUAUAUAUUGACUGCUAAGUCCUCAGUGCAAGUCCCAUAUGCAUUAGGCAGAGUUUGGUCUUUGUUUUACUGUGUUUGAGCUAGAAGUUUGUUUAUAACUUAGGUCCAAAAUAGAAAUGUGGUGGCAUCAUCAUAGGCUGUUCACUUGAAUGUUGCACUGACUUGAACCUAAAUGCUAAUAUCAAAUCUCUUUGUUGUAAUAAUAACGUUUUUAACAUGUGAUUUAUGUUUUAUAACCUAUAUUGUUCACUUCAAUUGUGAAAGUUUUCAGCAUUUUAAGACUGAAGUUUUUAAAAGCAACUGAAUAGCAUUUGAUUCUUUUUUUUCUUCCACUGAUUUCUUAUGGUUAUAUAUUUUGAGGGGGGAAUCAUUCUGUUUGCUUUUUUUUUCCUGUAAACUUUCACAUUUUAUUCUGCCAAUAGAGUCCAAAUAAAAGUUUGUUGGUGAAGCUACAA